AUGCCAACAGAACUCGACGCCAAAGGAAAGUUCUUUCGCGUCGCCUUGGCGUUUGCCAAGGUUGUGCUUCUCCUUGGUUGCCUCUACUUGUUCAUCUGUUCACUGGAUUUUCUAAGCAGUGCCUUCCGCCUGUUGGGAGGGAAAGCGGCAGGCGAGGCCUUCGCCUCGAAUGCAAUUCUUAGCAACCCUGUGGCUGGUCUGAUGAUUGGCGUUCUGGCAACUGUACUUGUUCAAAGUUCUUCCACCACAACUUCCAUCGUGGUCUCAAUGGUGGCCUCUCGGAGUAAGUGUUGUAUGAGUCUUGUAUGGAUAAGAUGUAAUUUAUAAGGAUGUUUUAAACCUGCAGUUACUACAAAUAUACGAUUUAAUUUGGCGUCCAGAAUUAGGCGGCCAAAAGCAAAAAUCUCAAUUGAUUUGUGAACAAUAAUUUUUGGCUCCAAUUCCUAUAUUUUGUCGCCCAUAAAGGACGCAAUACAACAUUUAACAAUUAGCCCAUGCGUCAGCGUGCGUAUGUCGAGAUAUUGAGCAUGCGGGAAGUUUGGAGAGCACGAAAGAGGGAUGCGCCGAGAGCAACUCUAGCCUCUUGAGUGCUCUCCAAACUUUGCAAGUGCUCAAUAUCUCGACAUAAGCACAGAUGAAGCAUGAACUAAUUGUCUUAUCACAUUAUCAAAGCGAUCAAUGCAGCAGUAACUCAAAUUUUUAUUAUUCUAGCGCUCGCACAAAGCAACACGUGUCUAUGUUUGCGUGACAAUAUUACCUUCCAGUUAUGUUUUUGUCUUGAAACUGACAGAAAGUUUACUCAAGUCAGUUAAGAUAACAUUAAAAAAGAUUGUAACAUCCAUAUUGAGGUGCCGGAGAACUUGUAAUUCACCGAAAAAUUCUUUUUGAAAGAAAUAACUUUGCAAAGAGUGAUUUGCACACGCCAUAGCCUACACGGCUCGCGCAGAUGACAACAACAACAACACUCAGCUUUUCCCCCUACUAUCGGUUAACAAAUUCAAAAGGUUUCUCCUAAAUUUACGUUAGAAAACACAUGGUUAACGCUUUAUCGUGUACUGUUGAGUUAUGGAUGCACUUGAGAGACGUCUUUGGAGGAUUGCUAAGCUCACAAGUACGCAAAAGAACUCGAGGUAUAGUUUAUUGACGUCAUCAGCGUGCUCAAUGGGAAUAUGACGCACACAAAAAAAUGCUCAUAGUGUUUAACUUUUGCCCAAAACAUAAUCGUGGAAAAUCAUUUGGUGGGGGCUGUAAAUUGUAGUUUGGGCUAACGAAAAUGUCUCAAAUGUGCCAACCCUAUCUGUCAAUCCUUCAUAGCGUACACACCCACCCGGCCUGAACCGGAGUGAUUAGUUUAAGAAACGGACUUCAAGUCAGAAGUCUAACUUUCCCUUUAUCCCAACCUUAGGUCACCCUGUUUGCCCUUAUUACUGAGAGCCUAAGCAACGACGACCACGGCGACAAUCGCGUCCAUUUGGACCCGCUCAAUUUGACAAAUGUAGGCGACUUUUCCUGGAGUCGAAUUUUUAACGAAUUGUAUCAUGUUCAAAAUGACAAAGGAAAAUUUGUCGUCGUAUGCUCACGUCCUCCAUGGAACGUCGCACGAGGAGUUUUUACGUCGUAGUCGUGCAGUGGAUGUCAAAGAAAUGUACUAAACAGUGUGAUGCACGUGCAGAGCUGUUGUUUUGCUUAUAAACAAUUGGUUUUUGACGUUGUUGUUGCCGUGGUCGUCCUCGUGGUUGCUUAAGCUCCCUUUCUGACUUGAAAAACUACCUUCAAAGUGUCAAUGUCGAACGUACCAUUGAAUAUCACCACGUUUUCACUUCAUCCAGAACUGCAAAAUUUAUUUUGCUAAGCAGCACGAGCUUCUAAUCUGUUAAUAAUUAUAAAAUGCAAUGAAAUCUGCAAAGCACCUAAGUGAGACAUUCCAGAGAUGACCCGGGCCAAAGUCUAUAAUUUGGAUUGAACCACCAAAUUCUUGCAGCUCAAAGCCCUCUCUAACCUGCCAUCAAACGGUCCUUCUUCACUUUCGCAGGUGUAGUCCUCUCAUUACUUUGCCGUUGAAAAUAUUGUGGUUAUAUGACGUUUGCCGUUUACAAAGACGACAAAAAGUGGAAAUGUAGUGGCUAAGGGAUUUUUUACGUCAGUGCUUCCCCUCAUGGACUCACACCGUUUCUCUGCGAGGUGCCUCCAAAAAUUCAAUUUCAAAUUCAAAUUCAAAUUCAAUUUCAAAUUCAAAGUAGAAAGACCCUUGAGGUCGUUUUCCAUUUACUUUCCAACUGGAUUAUUUGGAGACGUUUUCUUAAAUUAAUGGUAAACAACUAUAAAGUCACUUUUUCCCUUUCUGUUGCCAUGUGCUUUCUUGCUCCUUACAACUCACCAGUAUAAAAACCCUCCUUUUUGAGGAACCUUCAAAAGGUUGCCUUUUCGCUUAACCCUUUGAGCCCUAAGAGUGAUCAUCAUCACAUUUCUCCUUGUUCAGCAUCACAUUUCUCCUUGUAAUAUCAAUGCUUUGUAAAACAGAGUGGUCGUGAGAAUUACGGACAUGAUCACGCAAGAUGAAUUUGUUUGACAUUUUAUCAACUUCUCCUCACUACUUCUGUAAGAAAUGCAUCGCGUCAACAAAUGAGAAUUCAAAUUUUGAUCUUGGGGUUUAAAGGGUUAAUAAGUUCUCCUUGUCACCGUUGUUUAGUAAGUAGAGAGAAGUAAUAAAAUUGGUUUUUGACAGAAGUAUCAAGCAAAUCAUCGAGGGAUUUUAAGAUUUUGUAAACCUAGGUGGUGGUGUGACAACCGGUUUUUUGUUGACGCCCCCAUAAAGGUAAAGGUAAAGGCGCACACUAGCCAAAGGCCCAAAACGGCCGGAGCUUAUUACGGUUUCAUUAGCAUGAAGCACCUAGAAGUGUUGCUACUCCCCCCGGACGGGAUGCUAGUCCAUGGCAGGGUUUCCCCCCAACAGUUUGUCGCCAGUACCCAUUUAUACACCUGGGCCCAGUUGUUCAAAAGCCGAUUGGCGUUUAACCUGGGGUUAAAUUUAACCCUCGUUUCUUUUUCUUGUGUUCAAAAGCAUUUUCUGGGAUAAUUUUCUCUGUUGUUUUUAAAGCCUCCAAUCAUCAACUUGUAGACAAAAAGAAUUAAAACUGAAAUGCUUUUUAAGCUUUCAAAUCUGAAUUCAAAUCUCGCACUAACCCUGGGUUAUCUUAACCCAGCUUUAAACAACUCGGCCCUGGGUAAAGAGAGAGAAAGUGGAGUAAAAUUUCUCCACUAAGGAAACAACGCGACGGGCGAGGCUUAAACCCCGGAUUUCCGGAUCCGGAGUUCGAGGUGAUAAACACUCGGCCUGACGCCCCUAUAGCUAGGAACUAAAGCCAAUGCCAAGGAUAAAAGGCUAUAUUUGUAUGGGAAUUUAAAUGAAACAAACGGUGUUAAACUUGUUUAUCAAUGGUUAGAGGUGGACGAAUAACUUUUUCUUUUCAGUUCUGGAUGUUGAACCUGCCAUUCCAAUAGUGAUGGGUGCCAAUAUUGGAACAUCAGUCACCAACACCAUUGUUUCCUUAGCUCAAGCUGCCGAGCGAAACGAAUUCCGUCGUGCCUUUGCUGGAGCCACAGUUCACGAUAUCUUCAACUGGUUGUCUGUGCUGGUGUUCUUGCCUCUAGAAGUAGCCACCCGUUACUUAGCUCGGUUGACUGACAAGAUAAUUGAAGGUCUCCACCUGAAAAGAGAGAAGGGUGUCAACCAGAAGUUGCUGAAAACAAUAACAGAACCAUUUACCAAGCUCAUUAUUCAACUGGAUAAAAAAAUCAUAACGAAAAUUGCCCUUGGAGACAAAUCUCUUGAAUCAAAGUCUCUCAUCAAAAGUUGCAAGCAGAAAACUGUCAUUGAGGAGGUCAAUAAGACUGUGGAAAAUGUUACCACUGGGAGUAUAAGUUAUAAACUUGUGAACGAGUCGUCUACAACAGAUCCUUCCUGCUUCCUUUUUGCAGACACUUCACUGAGUGACACAGAAGUUGGUGUCAUAAUCCUGGUGAUAGCUAUCGCUCUUCUUUGUGUCUGUCUUAUACUAAUCGUCAAAAUCCUUCAUUCCAUGCUUCGCGGUCAGAUGGCCAAGAUUAUCAAGAAGACCGUCAACGCAGACUUCCCAGGACCAUUCAAGCAUCUCACUGGUUACUUUGCUAUCUUGGUUGGUGCUGGGUUAACAAUGUUGGUUCAGUCUAGUUCCAUCUUCACCUCUGCCCUUACGCCUCUCAUCGGUGUUGGAGUGGUAACCAUCGAACGCGCCUUUCCACUCACCUUGGGAUCAAACAUUGGAACAACCGGAACUGGCAUUUUGGCAGCCUUGGCAAGUUCCUCAAACUUGGACAAAGCUCUCCAGAUUGCUUUUUGCCAUCUGUUCUUCAAUAUCUCUGGUAUCAUUUUGUGGUAUCCAAUCCCUUACCUGCGAAAAGUCCCUAUCAAUGUUGCAAAGACCCUGGGCAACAAGACUGCGACGUACCGUUGGUUUGCCAUAGCAUACUUGGUGUUUGCUUUCUUCCUUCUUCCUGCAGCAGUCUUCGGCUUGUCGCUGGCUGGUUGGAAAAUCCUCCUUGCUGUCGCACUCCCGAUUAUUCUCCUCUUAGUGUUUAUCAUUGUUGUCAACAUCCUUCAGAGGAAACGCCCACAGAGCUUGCCCCAGGUCCUUCGUGAUUGGAAAUGGCUUCCAAAAUGUACACGGUCAUUGGAGCCUUAUGAUAGAGUGUUUACGAAGAUGGGUGAGGUAAAAAAACUCUGCUGCCGUGGCAGAAAUGGAAAGGACUAAAGUAAGGAAGAGAGGCGAAGUGGACCUUUUUUUAGUUCGAAUAGAUUUUGACGAUAAUUGACCGAUUUCCAGCGGAAAUUUAUAGCCUGAGAAAACAGCCGACAUUUCCCCACGACGCCAGCACUGGUUUCCCGCCAAAUGGCGUCUGAGGAACGAGUGCAGACAUUCCAUACUGAUGACCCUUCACUAACCAGAUCUGGGG